AUGGGAGAUGAAGUCGAUCGAAGAUUGAAUGCGGCAUUGGAUAAGGCUGUCGAUGAAUAUUUUGAAGACACAUACAACAACAUCGUCAAAAACCAAACAAAGAAACAAAGCAAACGUGCAUAUGCCGAACGAAACCGCGAAGAGGGCCAUACAAGACUAUGGAAUGACUACUUCAGUGAAAAUCCUACAUUUCCACCUCAUUUAUUCAGACGGCGUUUCCGCAUGAACAAACCGGUAUUCAUGCGUAUUGUCGAUCGCCUCUCAGAAAAUUUUCCAUUCUUUCAACAAAGAAGAGAUGUUGUCGGAAGAUUAGGUCUAUCUCCACUACAAAAGUGUACGGCAGCUCUUCGUAUGCUUGCUUAUGGUUGUGCUGCUGACGCCGUCGACGAAUAUCUCCGACUUGGUGAAAGCACAGCACUUUCAUGUUUAAGCAAUUUCACAGAAGGCGUAAUACAAUUAUUUGGAGAUGAGUAUCUACGAAGACCCACUCUAGAGGAUCUUCAGCGACUACUCGAUAUUGGAGAGAUACGCGGCUUUCCUGGGAUGAUAGGAAGCAUCGACUGUACCUUAAACGAUAUUAACGUCCUCGAUCGGUCUCUUGUUUUUGAUGACAUUUUACAAGGUCGAGCUCCAAGGGUACAAUAUGUGGUCAACGGGCACCAAUAUGAUUUGGCUUACUACCUCACAGACGGUCCUGAAGCAGGGUUAUUUGCUAAAGUUCAAGAAGCAACCCGAAAAGAUGUGGAGCGUGCUUUUGGAGUUUUGCAAGUUCGAUUUGCAAUAGUGAAAACCCCGGCUAUUUUGUGGGACAAGAGACAAAUAGGGAUGGUUAUGCGAACAUGUAUCAUACUGCACAAUAUGAUAGUAGAAAAUGAACGCAAUGGAUACACUCAGUAUGAUACAUCAGAGUUUGAAGAAGAAGACUCGAGUAGAAGUUCACAGGUGGAUAUGUCAUAUUCUCUGGAGCCUUCAAAUCUCCGUACUAUGCUUGACAUACGGAGUCGUGUUCGUGACCAGAACAAUUGA